UGCUAUGAUGAUGGCACCAGGCUCAGCUUAAGGUAAGUUGACUCCAGCAAAAUUUUUUAUGUGGCUGGAGCUUCGUACCAUAAGCCAAUCACUGGCUGUAGUGGGGAUCUGGCCUCAGAUAACUACAGUCAUGGAAAGCUGACAAGUGCAAUAAAUAACUAGAUCAGCCUUGCCACCAAUCUCUACGCCUUCUCUCUGGGCUAAAUUUAAUCUUCAGAUGCAGGUGUGCAAUUCCCUCUGACAUCUAAAGGCAGAACUGGAUUCUCUUGCUAACCACCCUCUUGGUUAGUGGGUGCAAUUGCAUAAGGACAGACAUGAAAAAACAAGAGAUGGAACUUGUGCUGUAAAUCAGAUCUGAUUUCAAAGGCCUCUAGUCCUAGGACAGUCUUCUCUUAGCCCAGACUUUGCUUCACGCCCAUCAGAGUUAAAAGUGAGGUUGCAGAACCCUGGUGCAGUCAUGUUUUAAAGUCUCUCGCAUAUAGGUGACAUGUAAAACAAAAUGCGAUGGUACAACAAUUAAACCAAGAGGGCUAGGGCUGAAUGGAGCAGCCAGCUUGUGCUCCAGAAUGAAGCCUUUAUGUAAAUAUAAAUAUGCAUCUCUCGUUACAAAGAGAAUCUUCAGAAGUUGUACCGACUGUAACUGACACAAUGGCAAAUCUGUGGACGGCUUGUGACCUUAGCCCAAAGACCUGGGAAUGACUCUCAUUCGUCUCAAGAGGGGUGCUAAACCUGAAGAUUGAACGUUCAAAUGUCAGCCUUCCUUACACCACUGCUGAUUAAAGCAUGUAGGAAAGAAGAGGGAUGACCAUAUUUGGAAAAUCUAAACAGUGCACGGUGAGUGGCAUCUUACACUGGUGUCCUGAGUGGGUGGGACUUGUAAGUGGAGUUUGAGAGGGAACAGCUUUCUUUCCAAUGUCACUCCCACAAGGAUGAAAAUGAGUGUAGCUACUGAACCUAACGCUUGAGUGCUGUGGGGCUAUUUUCUGAAAAGACAAAUUCAGUAACUGCAAAAAUAUUGACAAUCCACUGGCUUCUGAUGCAUCAGAUCCAUAACACGUUGCAUGAGUGAAAACGACGUAGGAAACUAGAACCUAACCUCUUCUUCCAGCACAUGAAAAUCAGCAUCAGACAACUGAGCAAAUACAUGCAGAUUAAUCUGUACGUUUCUUUUUGCAUUGAAUAGUCUUUAAAAGCUCGGAAGGAAGCACCUGUCUUGUCAUAAAUGGAAACCAACUUCAUUGUGUGCAUGAGGUUUGCAGCCCCUUGGUUAAAAGCUGGAGCAAGGCAUCACUUUCUUGCCUUGCUGUUUGCAGCUCAGGCAUCACCUGGUUUCCUGGGGGAAGGGAAGGAUGUACUGCAGCCAGCCCCCCUCCCCCCCCCGCUUUCCCCCCUUCCUUGUGUGCUGUUUGCACUGUGCACACAAGCAACGUGUCUUUCUCUCCUUCCUGCCUUCACAUCAGCCCCUUAGGACACUGCUCAGCUGAUUUCCUCCCUGUUUGUAUUAGGAUAAAGCCAGGCUGGAUCCGCGACAUCACAGAAGCUACCUGCUCUUCCCUCAUAAAGGCUGAGGGCAGGCACAUGACAUGUCUCAGCGCCCACUAAACCCUGCCAGGACCAGCUCAGAGGAGGAAGGGUGCUGGGGGUAUAAAUGCCUUCCCACCAGUCUAGCAUGGAAAUCAGAACUGAUCACAGUUUAGACCCAAGAGCUCAUGUGGUCACCAGCGUUUGGAUGUAAAGAGGCAGGAUUUUUGCUAUUCACUUGGACCAGUCUCUUUCUAGCAAACUAACUAGCCAGAGCCUUCCCAAUCUCGAGUCCGUCCAGGUUUGAUUCUGCACCCCACAGCAACUGACUGUCUCUUUCAUGGAGGAUGACAAAGAACCUGAGCAGAGUUGCUGGGCCUACUUGCCCGACAUCUGCCUGAGCAACAUGUUCUGGUGGCUAGACGACAGGGACAGAUCUCAAGCGGCUUUAGUCUGCAAGAGAUGGAAUCAAGCCAUGUACUCAGGCUCUCUCUGGAGAACCAGAACCAUCACCUUCAGUGGGCGGCCGUCCAGGUCAAACACAUCCGAGUUUGAAUCUGCGCUGUGGUACGUCAAGAGAUUCGGCAAGUACUUGGAACAGCUAGAGAUCAAGUUCCUGAAUCCUUACAAUGCUGUCUUGACCCGAAAAUUUCAAGUGACUAUGAGGGGGCUUCUCUCACGCUUGGGAAAAUGUAACAGCCGUCUGGUGUCCCUGAUUAUUCAGCACUUGGAAUUAGACCGAUUGGUCUGGAAAAAUGGGAUCCGGAGUCAGUUUAUCAAGAACUUAAGUACUUUCCUGAAAAGAACGGGCAAGCACCUUGAUUAUCUCAACCUGAAAGGAGCCAGAGUGACGCUGGAAGAAGGCUGUGAGCUUUUGAACUCUUUGAGCUACUUGAGAAACAAAAGUUUUGCCUCUGAAAUCAACAUAGAAGACUUCUUCAGCCACCAUCUUUCUAUCUACAGCAGCCCCUUGUUCCUCCAGACUAUAUCCACAUUCCGCAACCUGGUCAUCCUGACUCUUAAUUACAACUGCAUCUCCGAUGAAUUGCUGGACAUCCUGUGUGAGCACAACGCCCAUUCUCUCUGGACAAUGAACAUCAAGUGCCACAUCCAUGACCCCCACGGGCAGGUGAUUUGGGGGAUGUCCUGGGCCAACCUAGCCAAGAGGGCACCCAACCUGAAAGUGAACUUCUUCUUUGAAAGAGUCAUGAAGCACAACAGUCUAGCCAGAAUACUCUUAGCAGAGAUCCCGCUCAGGAGCAUCAGUCUACGGAGCUGCUAUUUCAGUGACCCAGAUUGGUCAAUGAGGCCGACUCUCACCAAUCUCUUACCAGCCUACAAGUCCAUUCUGCAGAAACUAACACUAGAGUUCAACAAUGACCAUGAACUGUUGGAUGAGGAGCUGCUGCAGCUCGUGUUAUCGUGUGAGAAGCUAUUCUUCCUCAAAGUCUGGGCCUUCCUCAGUGUGGCGUUUGUGGAGAGGCUGCUGCAAAAUCGGGCAGAAGGGAAAUGCGUCUUGUGUACCAUGAAGGUGAGGAUUUACACCACCAGGCACGAGACCAGUGAAGAGGACCGACUGCUGCGGGACAUUUACAAGAAGUUCAGAAACCUGAUCGACUCAGAGCUUAAUUAUUUUGUCAUCGCUUACCCGAUGGUGUGAGCAGUGUGUGAUGAGCCAGGAGUUAAAAUAAAACCCAGUCACACUA